UCCACCUCGGGCACGCAUGAACUGCGGUACCCAUGUCGACGGACGAGUGCCGGCGACGUAGGCGCACCGGUGCCGACGAACAGAUGACGUUCCCGUCGGUGUGCCGCCUCGUGGAAAAGUACACGAUGCUCAUCGAACGGCACAGGCAACAACAGAACGGCCUGCACGUGACCGGUUCUCCGUCGGCCACCGGAACGGGCCGUCAGGCCAAGACCGUCCAUGCGGUUGACACGGCACCGGCACCGGUGUCGGCGGCCGACGGCGGAUCGUCGGAUUACUCGUCCCUGCCCAAGUCCACGGCGCCGUCCAGCCCGGAGUUUAGCGACGACGGUGCCAUGUGGAACCAGCUGUUGGAUGACGAACCGCUGGACGACGCUGAACACUAUCAGCGACAGCGACAACAACAACAGCGGGAGCGGGAGCAGCAGCAGCAGCAACAACAACAACAACAACAACAACAACAACAGUUGGAACAACAAAAAACAACAACAACAACAGCAGCAACAACAACUGCAGCGACACCAAAACGUCGAUAACGACGAGCGACGGCAGCGGCUAAAGAUGAGCUGCGAAUCGCUGAGCUGCAUCAUACCCGGCAGCGACGACGAGGACAAAAUGACCUUUUUGGAAGAGACGAGUAAGGUGCGGGCGAUCAGCAAGAACUUGGUGGUCAGCCGUCUGGAAGUGAGCAAGACCAAGACCAAGCGGAAAAGGCGCAAGUCUUGGACGGGGCCCGUGGGUCAGAGUGGGACCGGCGGUGCCGGCGGCAUCGGGCCGUGCCGGAAGGGUCACAGUCUGGACCAGGGAUACGAGAUGCACCGGCAGGAGUUCAAGCACCCCGCGCUGUUCCGGUCGUUCAGCAGCAACGCGGGCGAGUCGGACAUCCCUGGCGCCCGGCAGUUCCGCACGCCGUCCGUGGUGGUCAGCGACCAUUCCGAAGAUCCGGUGUCGUUCUCCUCAAUGUUCACCUUAGACGACCUAGACGAGUACGAGCCCAGGUCCGAUUGCGGGUUCAACGACUCGUCGUCGGACUGCAGCGCGGCCAGCACGUGGAGCGCGGCCGGAAGCGUCAUCAGCGUUUUGGAUGCCGACUACUCGCUGCACACGCCGGAGCGCAAGAUAUCCGGAUGUAGCACCUGCAGCACUUUGAGUGGCGACGAAGACGCGGCGUACAGGUUGUCCAAGCUCAAACCAAAGCAUUCCGGAUGGCGGAAACUGAGAAAUAUCGUUCAGUGGACGCCGUUCUUUCAGACCUACAAAAAACAGAGGUAUCCUUGGGUUCAAUUAGCCGGCCACCAAGGCAACUUCAAAGCCGGUCCCGAACCGGGAACCAUCCUGAAGAAAUUGUGUCCCAAAGAACAGUUGUGCUUCCAAGUGUUAAUGAAAGACGUGCUCAGGCCGUUCGUUCCCGAGUACAAGGGGCACUUGACCACCGAAGACGGAGACCUAUACCUUCAGUUGGAAGAUCUGUUGGGCGACUUCACCUCGCCGUGCGUGAUGGACUGCAAAAUCGGCGUUAGGACGUACCUGGAAGAGGAGUUGGCCAAAGCCAAAGAGAAACCCAAACUGAGAAAGGACAUGUACGAAAAAAUGAUACAAAUCGACCCGAACGCGCCUUCCGAAGAGGAGCACCGGUUGAAAGGCGUGACAAAACCCAGGUACAUGGUGUGGAGGGAAACGAUUUCGUCGACAGCCACUUUGGGUUUCCGGAUCGAGGGCAUCAAAAAGAGCGACGGCAAGUCGAGCAAGGACUUCAAGACGACCAAAAGUAGAGAUCAAGUGAUCGAAGCGUUCCGCGAUUUCGUCAACGGUUUCCCACACGUCAUCCCCAAGUACAUCAGCAGGCUGACCGCCAUCAGGGACACCCUCGAGGAAUCCAAAUUUUUCACUACGCACGAGGUGAUCGGCAGCUCGCUGUUGUUCGUUCACGACAACAAAAACGCCAACGUGUGGCUGAUCGACUUCGCCAAAACGCUGAUAUUGCCGGCCGAUAUGAAGAUAAGCCACAUGUCCGAAUGGGUGGUCGGCAACCACGAGGACGGCUAUUUGAUCGGCAUCAACAAUCUGUUGGACAUUUUUGAGGAGAUGAACCGGACGUGGCAAGCAGGCGGUUUUCCGGUGACUCUCAUCGAGGUCACGGCACCGUCCGAGGUCACCUGACCGACCCCCACCCCCGUCGACCCGACCCGAAACGAUGAAUGAUGUUUUAAAAUUUUAAAUUUAAUGAUAAUUCGAUUGUGAUAAUUUUUUUUUUUUUUAAACCCCAAAAUAAACGAUAUGACGUUGCCUGCUAAUUCUUUUUUUUGCACGGAAGGGCGACGAUAGAGUGAGCGGUCGGGAAACUAAAAAUAUAACAUGUGAGAAGAAGUGUUUUCGUUGUUGAGUUUUUUUUUUCUUGAACUUUUUUCGUACUAGAUAAAAUAUUUGCCAUCAGUAUUAAAACAAUGAUCUAGAAGAGAAUAAUUAUUGCGAGUAAAGCACAUAUUAUUAUUGUCGCACAACACAAUAACUAAUAACUAUAGGUAUCAUAUAAAUAUAUAAAGUAUACAUAUAUAUGAAUGUUAAAAUAUAAUACAAAAAUAACAAUAAUAAAACACGGUGUAAAAACGCUGUUCUUUUGUUUUUAUAGUAAAUAAAAAAAAAGUAAUAGGUAAUACUAUAAACGAAAACGUGAUUCUCAAAUAUAUUUUUAUGUACAUUUAUAUAAUU